AUUAACAAAGAAAAGAUGAAUAUGUGAAUUGAGAAAAUCAACAGUCAUAUGUAGAUCGUAUCCCCUUUCUAAAACUACUGAACGAAUGGAUCAUCGGAAGUAACAAUUCUUAUCGGAAACUUUCAAUUUUCAAGAAUAAUGGAAGUUAAAGAAUCUGAGUGUGCAGUGGAAGAUGUUAUUAGCAGCAUGCCAGAUAUUGUGAUAACUCAUAUUCUGGAUCGAUUGCCGGUACAAGAUGCAGUGAAGACCGGUAUCUUGUCGAAAAACUGGAGGUUUAAGUGGACUAUGCUUAGCCGACUCGUGUUUGAUGAGGAUUUCUAUUUGUAUUUAAUAUUAAAAACAAAUUAUGAAAGUAAGUUUGGGAGGAUUAUAAGUAGGCUUCUACUUCAUCUUAGAGGUGCUAUAACAAAGUUUGUCCUCUACAUAGACGAGCGAUGUUACUCCGCGUUGGAUGAUGAAGAUAUCGCAAGUUGGUUUUCGUUCUUGUCUAGGAAAGGAGUUAAGGAUCUCACUGUUACGAAGACGAAUGGGGAACCGCUUAAUUUGCCUUCCCAUCUCUUCUCUUGUUUAGAGUUGAAACAUUUGAAGCUUUUUUACUGUCGUCUUGAUCCUCCGGUUGAUUUUCGUGGUUUUCCGAACCUACUGAGCUUAGAGUCGGGUCUGCUGCAUUUUGAAAGUAGUAAAUUUGGGGAGUUUAUUACUCAGUGUCCCUUACUUGAGAUUUUGAACAUGCGUUAUCGGCGUUUCUUUCUUGAUAUUUUGAACACGCGUUAUCAGCGUCACUCACUUGAAGAGAUGGGCAUGGAUAUAAUCUCGGUAGGCAAAGUGAAACUAGCGGAGAUUGCAAACGCUGCAAAUAUCAAAAUAUUAUCCGUGUCAUUGUGUGACACAGUACCGAGCACAAAAUUCAGUAGUAUCUUUCAACUUGUGGGUCUUCUUCCUAAACUUCACAAACUUAAUUUGGAUUUCGUAAGGUGCAAGGACAAGUUCACAGAAGUCGGUGCGAAAAAGAGGUUCCUUACCACUCAUCCAUGCCUCAAGACACUUACAUUAUCAACAAUAGAUUUAUGCGACGGUAUUAUGUUAUCUUGUGCUCUUGAAUUGAUUAGGAACUUCCCGAAUGUGCAGACCCUUGAAAUCACAGCAACUAGAGAUUGGGAUGAUUAUCCAAAUGACCCGACACCUGCGGCUGCAACUUGUUCUCGGGAUUUAGACAACGACACAAUGGGGCUGCUGCAGCUUCAGAGUGCUGUGUUUACGCAAUUUAAAGGUUCAGAGAAUGAAGUAUAUUUGAUAAAGUAUUUACUUGCGUGCUCCCCUUUCUUAAAAAAGCUUGCUGUUAAACUCCACUUUCUCCUCGGGCCUGAUGAAGAGUUGAUUUUUGCUCGGAAGUUGUUGAAGCUCCAUCGAGCCUCCCCCAUAGCUGAAAUUAAACUAUCCUAAUUUUACUUUUUUUGAAUUUGUUUUUUCUUUUUUGCUGCAUAUUUGUAUGAAUUUAAGAACACUACAGAGUGUUUUUUUUUUUUAAUUUCAGUUUGGACCUUUUUCUUUGUGUUUAAGACUCUAUUUCAACCGUUGAAACUACUGAAACCAGUUGUCGACUUGGUUUCAUGGUCGGUUUUUAAAGGAAACGAAAGUCGGUUUUGAAAA